UGUCAUUUUAGUUGAUGACUUUCGGGCGCACAUCAGAGGUCAUACGCGGCAGCUUCACGACCUUUGAGCGAGUCCGGAACCAAGAAACAUGGAGCAAAUUGCCCAAAAAGUAGCAGAGAAAGACUUCGAAGCUGCACUCCAUGCUCUGAACGAGCUGAACAUCAGCUCCUGUGACUAUGACCACUUUAAAAGUGAAUCGGAUCGAAUCCUGGAAACGUUCCUAACAUGCCAUGGGGACAGCGAUCGUAACAAAAUUGCCAUAAAAUGUCUAAAUUUGUUGAAACGAUCGUGUGCGAUGGGUGAAUCUUUCCAAAAUGAGAUAUUAUCUAAAGAGCUCUUUUUGAGUCACAUAAAGAGAAUUGUGGAAGACGACAGCAUCCCGGAAAGCGUUCGACUAAACUGUCUACAGCUGCUGGCCAACUUGUGCGUCCAGAAUAAACCGAACCAGCAACGGAUACUGAAUGAAUUCAAGGAGUACCUCCUGAAGAAUAUUGAGGCCAAUUCGAAUUUCACGAAUGCGGCCACGAUGAUCGUUUACAAUGCAUUUAUCUACAAAGCCGACAUUGGCUUAGAUGCUCAAGAACUCCUAACAGUUUUGCUGGCAAAUGUAGAAACCAAUCGUUUAGCGCAACAGGAAGCACCUGAGUUUGUGGGGAUUUUCCUCGAAUAUCUGAUGUGCGACAGUAACGAGGUCGUGGAUGGAUAUGAACGGAUCGAGUGCGGGAAGCGCAUUCUGUUUGUGCGCUAUUUGAACGAAUACAUCCGCCAGGACCACGAUCGUCGGGGAAGACCGCUUCAGCAGGAUCUGUUCAAGCAUCUACUCGUGGACUUCAAGAAAAAAUCAGAUUGCGUUCUCAAGACGGUCGAUAACUACCUGGACGGGGAGAAAACCAACGAGGUAUUUACGUUGUUGGUGUUCUUCGCCGAUGCCACGUGCGUGGAACCGUAUGGAUCGUUUUUGCGCCAGGAUGGAGCGCUGUUUCUGAACAUGGGAUGUCUUCUGCGUCAGUUACAAGCGAUUGGUAAAAGCGAAACCGGCAACAUGUUCACUCCAGUUCAAAAAAUAGAGGAAAUUCUCAAGGUGAAGCAAGGCAACAGCGAACUGAGCAUAGAGCAUGACAUUUCUUUCUCACUGAAAUCUUCACUGGUGAAAGCCUUGGCCAAUUUGUCGUACAAGAACAAAAAGAACCAAAAUCUCGCCCGCGACAUGCAAAUAAUGGCUGCAAUUCUCGAGUGCACAAAUCUGGAUGCGAGAAAUCCACUCAUCAAGGAAUGGAGCAUAUUGGCGAUCAGGAAUCUUUGCGACGAUAACUUGGAGAAUCAGAAAUUCGUGGCAUCAUUGACGAAGGUCGGCGACGCAGAAAAUUCCCUACUAACGGAGUACAACAGUGCCGGAGGGACCAUUCGGAUCAAAGACAGCAGCACAUGCUCACCGUCAUCUCGAGGACAAUGAGUGGGCUGCCGACUCAUUCAAGGUCUAUUAUUGUGUUCCAUUUAUAUUCGCCUAGUCAGUCUAAAGCCUUACCAUUAAAAUACUGCGACUAGUGGCGGCUUUUCUACGCAAACAGCUUGGAAGGAAAUUGUUCGUAAAACAGUGCUGGAUUUGGUUUGCUGAUUGGUUUCAAUUCAAAGCUGAAAAAUAAAUGAUCUUAUUGAAAUUUUGUUACA